GAGGCGGAUUGGCUCCCCCGACGCUCCGUACGGCAUCGUCACUGCUGUGCGACGGGAGGAAGUUCGUUUGCCUGGCUGGUAAUAAUGGAAAGCUUCCGUGCUUUCCUCCGUCCCUGCGGGGCUGCGAUGGAUGAGCCGGGUGAAGGGUCGUUCCCGGACAGGGCCGGACAGGGCUCCGGCUCACACGAGGUGCUGAUCGUUGCCGCCGCUGCCCAGCCUCCCGAUGCGGCCGCUGAGGAGACGGACGGGGAGGAGAACGGGGAUUCCAGGGAGGCUGCGGCCGAAGACGCUGAGCUCAAGGGCCAGGAAGCAUCAGAUUUAACAGGAACUGGAAGAGAGGAUUCAUCAUUACUUCCUCCUUCAGCCAAGAAGAUGAAGAUAGAAACUAAAGAGAGGAGAGAGAAAAUGCACAAAGUAGAUGAAGAUGAAAUUCAGAAGAUGCAAAUCCUGGUUUCUUCUUUUUCUGAAGAACAGCUAAAUCGUUAUGAAAUGUACCGUCGAUCAGCAUUCCCUAAAGCUGCUAUUAAACGGCUGAUCCAAUCUAUUACUGGCACCUCAGUAUCUCAGAAUGUCGUCAUUGCUAUGUCAGGCAUUUCUAAAGUAUUCGUUGGAGAAGUGGUAGAAGAAGCUUUGGAUGUGUGUGAGAAAUGGGGAGAGCUGCCACCACUACAGCCUAAACACAUGCGGGAAGCUGUUCGAAGGCUAAAGUCAAGGGGGCAGUUUCCUAAUUCAAAGCACAAAAAAAUCAUCUUUCACUAGAUCUAGGAACUUCCUAAGAUGUACUAUUGAAAAUAGGAUUGCCUUCCUUAAUUCCUUUCAUUGAGGUACUGUGCACUGUUGCUCAGAUGUCCCAGCCCUUAGGGAUAUUGAAUAUCUGACCCCGGGUCUUGACACUCAAAGUUACCUAGCAGAGGGGUGCAACCACUUUCAGAUUUGUUUCCUAUCAAUGCAGGAUCAUUUAGUUCAGAUCGUAUUGGCGAUAACUUUUUUUGAGAGAGACAAUUGGGGUAAAGUGACUUGUCCAGGGUCACACAGCUAAUAGUUCAUCUAACUGCCCCAGUGAUAACUUUUACUUGGCUAACUGAAAAGGGGAAGUGUUCUUAUAUAGAGACCCUUUACGAAAAGCAUACAAGACUGCUUUCUUUGAAGGAUCAAUCUUCUUAAUUAAUCUCAAGAGUGUCUUAUUUUGUAAGUUUCACAUUGGAACUCUAAACUGCGGUCAGGGUUUCAUGUCUGAUUUGAAAUUGAUAACAACAGGCCAGUGAUUUCUAAUUUGUAAAAUGUGACAGUUCAGUUUACAAUAUUAGCAAAAAGUGGAAUGAUAACAGUAAUUUCUUUCUAAGAAUUAAACUUUAUCAUGUGGUU